GGAAGGGCCAGGCAGGGGUGUCAUUAUAUAGUUCUCCGCGAGCCACUAGGCAUGGUAGAGGCGGCACUGGGGCGCGAGGCAACCCGUGACUCUGAGCUCUGGAGGGAAACAAGACAGAAAAUAAUAGAACCUCAUCCUCCGCAAGAAACUCAUAUCCACGAAGUCUUGUUUGGCAAUAGUGGAGGUCGAGAAUUUUCAGCUGGCAGGAUUUUUUGGCACUCUGAUAUUACCCCUGGCACCCUACAGCCCAAGGGAAACCAGUGUGACUUUAAGCUCUGAAGGGAAAUAAGACAGAAAAUAAUAGAACUUCAUCCUCCGCAAGAAACUCAUCCCCGAAGUCGUCUGGCAAUAUUGGAGCUCAAGAAUUUUCAGCUGCCAGGGUGAUUUGGCACUCUGAAAUUACCCCUGGCACCCUACAGCCCAAGGGAAACCCGUGUGACUCGAAUAUCUGAAGGGAAAUAAGAGAGAGUACAGUUGGACUUCAGCCUCUGCAAGAAAAUUGUAUCCACGGAGUCUUGUCUGGAAUUUUAGGUGCUAGGGUGUUAUGGCACUCUGAAAGGCCCCCUGCAAGACCCUAUCACCCCUGCCACACCACGAGCCAGAGAAAACCCUGUAGCUGUGGCUCAUCACCAUCCUAAAGCCAUUAUUCCCGUCUGUAAGAAUAAAGACACUAUAACCGAUUAUAAAGUGUAUGGCAGGGUUGGCUUCACACCGCCCUAGCUGUCGCCUGGCACUGCCCACACACACCUGGCGAAGAGGAGUCAAGCAGGUGUGUUGUUGGGCUCAGGUGUGUGAGAGGAGAACGAAGGUGAGCGGGUGUGAAUUUACCUGAAGAAACGAAGACAGGUGUUUGGAGGUGACUGUGAUGAUUGUAAACUUAGAUUGAAGAAAGAAGAAUUUAAGUGGAGGAAAGAGUGAAGAAAGUAGAAGACGGACAUUAAAGAAAAGACAUGGAUUAAUAGGUGGCAGAAUGGUGAUGAGAAUUGCCACUUGAAGAGAAGGAAAAAAAGAAAGACUACCAUAUGUAAAAAUUAAACCACUCACACAAUCAUUCUAUUCUGUGAUUGUGAAGAAAAGGAAACAAAAAAGACUACCAUUAUAAAAUUCAUCCUGUCACAUGAUCCUUCUGUUCCUUAACUUAAAAAAAGACGAACAACACUGAUACCAACCAGCAAGUCUCGGGGGGUAAGGGACGCUAGACAGAGACAACACAAGCUCUGGCCGAUAAACCAACCCCCGUCGCCUCUCUGUGAUGAUUCUGUCUGAACACCUUGGGGUCGUGCCGGACUGCUACAGAGCUCGCCUGAGAAUGAGCCAUGGGGCCGUAGAGAAGGUGUGCGCUCAGUGUGGGGCGCGCGACUACCAACUCAAGAUGUGCAGCAAGUGUCAGUCGACCUGGUACUGCAACAAGACACACCAGCGCGAGCAUUGGAGUGAACACAAGCAAUUCUGCAUCCCCAAGAGCGCUAGUCUGAUGAUGGCAGCAGCGGCGGGCGGCGGCGGAUUAGGCGGAGGGGGGGUAGGCAUGGGGAUAGGAGGCAGAGGAAGGGGGACUUCUGCAAAAACCAAAAGAGAGGAAAAAAGGCGAAACCCAGAGACUAACUUCAAUAUCGACAGUGCGGUUUUGGAUGAGGUCGCCGGCAGCCCGCUCCAGUACUACCAACAAACGUACGAACACCACCAACACCAGGACCAGGCUGUGGCAAUGGGCCAUAAUGAGUUACAAUUUCAGGGUUGGGGUGCACAGGGCCGAGGAAGAAGGAAAUCGCCAGUUCAAGACCUCAGCACCCCUAUCGACUCCAGCCACCACCCGCUAGAGGCCUCGUCACACGUUAGCCAGUCCAAGACACCGCCCCUGUACCACGUGACGGACUCAGUGGACUCGCAGUCGCUGGAGGAAGGCGGGUUCAGUCAGGAGUGGUUUGCCAGGGUCCUUCAGCUUGUCAUGGAAGACCUCAACAAAUAUGGAGUCUGUGUCGUCGACGAUUUCUUAGGGACGGAGAGGGCAGACCGCAUCCUGGCCGAAGUAAAGGACCUCCACUCCUUGGGCGUUUUCCAGGCGGGUCAGGUCGUGUCAAGACAGGUGCAGGACCCAGCGCGGGGCAAGAUCAGGGGCGACAAGAUAGCCUGGGUCACGGGGUCAGAGCCGAACUGCAGCGCUAUUGGUCAGCUGGUCUCUGUGGUUGACUCCCUGGUGGCCAAAGCGAAUAAGCACCAGGACGCGGGCAAGCUGGCGCAGUACAACAUUACGUGGAGAACCAGGGCUAUGGUGGCGUGUUACCCAGGGCGGGACACGCACUACGUCAAACACGUGGACAACCCCAACGGUGACGGCCGCUGCAUCACCGCCAUCUACUACCUGAACAAGAACUGGACGGCCGAGGACGGCGGUGUGCUGAGAAUCUACCCCGAGAACUCCAGUGACAUCAUCGCCGCGAUAGAACCCUGCUUUGACCGCAUGUUGUUCUUCUGGUCCGACCGGCGCAACCCCCACGAGGUCAUGCCCGCCAAGAUGACCAGAUUCGCCAUCACAGUCUGGUACUUGGACCAGAAGGAGCGCGAAGAGUACCUGGCCAGGGAGGCGAUGCGCGCUGCUGCCUGCACAUGACUGUCCGCGGGCAACACAACCUGCCGUCCUACCACUACUACUACUGCUACUACUCCUGCUCGCCACACCUGCCACCCCCACCAGCACUCCUACCACCCCUACCAUCAUGGGCUGACUGCUCCUCACACCGCCAAUGUUGCCAUCACGGACAUAAACACCACCACCUCUUCUUCUUGUAGUCCCGCCUCCCCGCCCUCCUCCAGACUCCCACUGUCUUAUCUGUCUUAUGGAUUUGUGCGCUGAGGAGGAUAGGUUUUGUGGGUUCUUUGGUUGUUCACAUCCUUUUCUGCACCUCUUUGUAUGUUCCGAUGUUUUUCUUUGGUUUUUCUUUUCUGAUUUUUUUUUUUUUUUUUUUUUUUCAAAACUUCAUUAUUUUUUUCUUUUUGUUAUCACUUUUUAAUUCUCAGUUGUAAUCUCUCCUCAGUAUAGUAUCCAUCUCCUUUCUUUUUCACUUCUUUCCUUAUUUCCUGCAUUGUUCUGUUUUAUUCUGGUCAUUCCUUUCUCUAUUAUUUUAUCUCCACUUGCAAUGCAUUCAUGAACACACAAAUGACUCUUCCUUCGUCACUUAUCCCUUCUCUUUCCCUCAAUUUUCCACCCGAUUCUUAUCCAUCUUGUUGCUCUCUUCCCUCCCCCCAUCACACCCUUAUCCCAGCAUUGAUUGGGCUGAGCAAAUAAGUGUGCCAUAACAUAGUCUAAUAACAGUGAUAGCUCCCAGUCAAUGCAAAACCCAUAGACUUAACUCAUCGCUUUCCUUCUCGCCCUUCUCUCAAUCCCUUCUCCCCCUUCAAAUGGUGUUUCCUUCAUAGCUGGCGAAUCUGUGCUGUUUGGGCUUUGAUUCCACUGUCCCUCUUGUCUGAUUUUAUCCAAACAAGUUGAGGAAUCUUGCCACCUAGGAAUGUAGAAGUGGGUUGUUACAUUUCCCUUCCACCAGUCAGGGAAAAGUGGAUGAUUAUGAAUUUUUUUUUAGAUAAGUGGAAAAGAAAACGUGGAUAUGAAGAAGGGAUAAAAAAGUGGAUGGAUAUAUUCUCUUCCACCAACUAACAAAGAGAAAGUGGAUAUGAAAAGCAGAUAGAAUAGUGGAUAAAUAUUUUUUCCCUCCACUAGCCAAGAUUGAGAAAGUGGAUAUGGAUAAUGGGGAAGAAUGUGGAUUUUUUUUUUUUCCCAUCCACCAACCAGCAAAGGAAACGAAAGAGUGGAAAGUUGCCUCAUGGUGGAGUGCAUAUUUAAGCAGAAACAUUUGUAAACUCCACCUCCACCAUCCUGGCAGUAAAAGGAGGAGGCUGAAGGGUGGAGUUUACCAAGCACUGGAGUGGAUGCGGAGCGGGGUAGUGGAGUGCAGUGAUAUCCAUGACAAAACGCUGUCUUGUAGAGGAACAGGUUCAUGGGAGAGCUGAAAGAACUCCUUCGUGAAUUACGUGCGUGCGUGUGUCCCCGUGGCUUUCAAGGUCGUGAUCAUAUGCGACAUCCCGAGCUUGUGAGAAAUUGUACUUUAUAUCGCUACUAUUCCGAUAUUGAUUGUACGUCAAGAAUAUACAUAACAUACACACCUACAGUCUAUUUGUAAGUUGUAUACUACUACCACCACUGCUACUACUAGUGCUACUACUACCGCUACUACUACGACUUCUACUACGUAUGCACUGUAAUGGCCUAUGAAAGAGGAAGCAAAAAACAAAACUUCAAUGUGAUAUAAUAUGAUAAUUGCGUUGUGCUCUCGCAUUGUCUUUCCAUCCCUCUUGUGUAGUGAGUGAAGCUUUUGUAUUUCCCGAGAUUUGUGGACGUGAUGGAGGGAGGUUGAGGAGCAGAGUUGGUGUGCGUGUGUGUGAGGCAAUAACCACGAGCUGUGCGUUAAUGACAAGUCCUCAUGCACACACACACCCCCCAAACAGCAGCAGCAGCACAAAAUCGGUAAAAGCAAUGUAAACAGCAGUAGUUGCAGCGAUAUUCAAGACUCAUUUUCUUAAAGAUUUGCCUGGAUGCGCUUUUUAGAUUCAGCUAGAUUUUUUAUUUUUUGCAAGAUUUGGAUGAUUAUAUUUUUGUAUCUGAUUAUACAUGUUAAGUCUUUUUUUUUCCUCUGUCCUCCAUCUUCUCCCUCUCAUCCUUUCUCCUCCCUCCUCUCCCCCUUUACCAGCACUACUACUACUACUACUACUACUACUUAUACUGAUGUCACUACUAAUAUUACCAUGACCCCUUGUGUAGUAUCCAGGCAAAGCUUAAUGUUUUGUUUUGUCAUUAAUUUAAGCAGCUGAAGGGCAACAAAGACAAAAAAAAAAAAAAAAACAUGCCUGAGUGGUGCAUUCAUUGUUGCCAGGACGGGCGGUCAUGCCAAGAUGUGCUGCGUAAUAGCCAAGGUUGCUGCAGUGUUGGUUUUACCUACUACGCGUUCACUAUUACAAUGCUGUUACUACUACUACUACCACUACUAUUACUGCUGCUGCUGCUACAAUUACUGCUGCUACUGUAUAUUUAUUGGUUCAUGCAGCAGUUGUUUGCUAUUCAUGCCUUGUACAGGAGAUGGUUGUGAUAUAUUUAUUAGGAACUUACGGUGAAUUUGGUACCUUGACUGUAUAAAAGCAAAACAAAAUAUGUACUAAGUGAGCGGAAAAAACGAUGCUUCAUUAUCUUAAUCCUUCAUAACCAAAGAUGUGGAUUUAUACAAAAUUUGUGUCGUUAAUAUUUAGCAGUCGGAUGCCCUCCUUGCACACACACACACACACACACACACACACACACACACACACACACACACACACACACACACACACAGACACAUACAUAUACAUAAAUACAUUCAUACAUACACGGAACGUACUAUGGUGCUGAACUUUUGCCUAUGCAGUAUAUCAGACAGAAAUAGAUACAAAAAGCAUGGAAAGAAAGACAUGUUUUAUGCUUGUAUUAUAUAGUGUGUGUAUUAGUCACAUAGUACACACUUAUUCAUUCAUAUUAAUUCAUACACACACACACACACAUUAUACAGUAAGGAGGGCUGGUAUGAUUUUUCUGUUACUUUCUCACUGCGUUGUAUGUUACUUGUAUGUUUUAUAUUUCGUUUGUAUUCCACCCGAUAAGGUCUUGUGAUUCUUUCUUUUGCAUAAUUCUUUUUUCCCCUUAAGAAUUAUAUAUCUGAAUUGUAUCACUUGUGUUGAUUCUCAUUUUUCAUUUUUUUGGCGGAUUUGUGUUUGUUGUAUUGAUGGCGUUGAUGACUGAAGCACUUCAUUAUUAUUCUUUCACUUUAUGUACUCCACCUGACGUUUAUAUAUUCUUAAUUACUUACCUACCUGUGUUUAUGUAGUCAGUGUUGAUAUUCGGUCAAACGGAAUUAAAAGAACAGUGUACCGAGGGGAGCGUUGUCCCUCGAGGCACUCUAAACAAAGGAGGGAAAAUAAACGAGAAGAAUUAUUGA